CAGACCCUGAAAAGCGGCCGGGGUGGCCCCGCGCUUUCCUUUUCCGGUUGCGGCGCCGCGCGGUGAGGAGCUCCUGUCUACGGCCGCAGCCAUGCCGUCCAAGGGUCCUCUGCAGUCGGUGCAGGUCUUCGGACGCAAGAAGACGGCCACGGCCGUGGCGCACUGCAAACGAGGUAACGGCCUCAUCAAGGUGAACGGGCGACCCCUGGAGAUGAUCGAACCGCGCACGUUGCAGUACAAGCUACUGGAACCUGUUCUGCUUCUGGGCAAGGAGCGAUUUGCUGGUGUGGACAUCCGCGUCCGAGUGAAGGGUGGUGGUCAUGUAGCCCAAAUAUACGGUGAGUCCUGGGAACUGUGCACAUGGGUGGAAGGUGGAUCUGAGAGCAAGGCCCUACCCUUCGGUGUACAUAUAGCUGAUACACUUUUCUGUGUGUGUGUUUCUUUCUCACAGCAAUCCGCCAGUCCAUCUCCAAAGCCUUGGUGGCCUAUUACCAGAAAUACGUGGAUGAGGCUUCCAAGAAGGAGAUCAAAGACAUCCUCAUCCAGUAUGACCGGACCCUGCUGGUAGCUGAUCCCCGUCGCUGCGAAUCCAAAAAGUUUGGAGGUCCUGGUGCGCGUGCUCGCUACCAGAAAUCCUACCGAUAAGCCUAUCAUAAAAAUCAGGGUUUACCUUCAAAAUAAAAAUGUGGGAUUUAAGGUU